CUGGUUCGCUAAAAUAUGUUCAGUGUACUUGUACCAGCUCGUUUCAGCCACCAUGAUUAAAUUGUGAUAAGCUAUCUGUGUUUUUGAAUUUUUACGCAAGUGCCCAUAGCUUUCCUUCAUUUCAAGCGUAUACUACGUUCUAGUUAUCGAGUAUUAUUGUUUAGUGUAAAAAGUGCUGCCUCACUUUGAGGCAAUGAGCUCACUUUUCCGGUAUUGAUUGGGUUCGUGAGCGGCCAUGAGUCAUGGGUGCUUCCGGGCGUUAUGGCGAUAAAAAGUAUGAAUUCGGUGCCGUCACACCUUUCCAGGUCCAUAGAGCGACUUUUGGAGGAAGCACAUCUGAGUGGCGAGCUAAAUUUAAAUGGACGCAAGUUGAAAGAGUUUCCUCGAACGGGAGGAAAAUAUGAUCUUACUGACACUGUCUUGGCAGAUUUAUCAAAGAACCGGUUCAGUGAGCUACCAGUGGAAGUUACCAAGUUUUGGUUUCUAGAGAAGCUAAAACUCUAUCACAAUGUCAUUCGCUCGAUUCCUGCUGCUAUCGUUUGUCUUCAGUCCUUGACCUACCUUGAUCUCAAUCGGAACCUGCUGACAACAUUGCCAGGUGCAUUAUGUCAGCUUCCGUUGGAGAUCUUGAUUGUAUCAAACAACAAACUGGUGGCCUUACCAGACGAGAUCGGUCAGUGCGCAUCACUCAUGGAUCUGGAUGUGAGCUGUAAUCACAUUCGCCACCUUCCCCCACAACUUGGACAACUCAAUGCGCUUCGAUCACUCAAUGUUAGAAACAACCUGCUCUUAGAAUUACCUAUUGAAAUUACGUACUUAAGGUUGGUGCAACUAGAUGUGAGUGAAAAUCGAAUUGCAACUUUGCCGUUGGAAUUGAAAUCAAUGACGUCUCUGGAAUCCCUUGAACUGAACCAUAAUCCUCUAGUCUCCCCUCCUUCAAGUGUGUGCAUGCGUGGACGUGUGCAUGUUUUUAAGUACCUAGCAUUACGGUCAAUGAAAGAGGAUGCUCAGCGGUCUGAAGACAACCGACGGUGCCAUCGCAAAUUAUCAGAGUUAAGAGCCCGCCGCAACCACACGGACAGUGGUUAUUGUAGUGCUGCAGGCCUCGACUGGUCAUCAACAACUCUAAAUACGGCCAGCGUUGCACAACUUCACAAUUCAGAUGAGGGCCUGAAUGAAAUAGGCAAGAAAAGACUAGGUCGCUCAAGUUCAGAGCGAGAAGUCGGGCGAUCGUCCAGUCUACGAACAAAUACAAGUCCAGCUGGCAUCAGGUGUAGUCGAAGCAGUCAGCCCUCAAUUGAUAGUGAUAAAAACGGUGUUUCAAACGGUGUUGACUAUGGAGACACCCGCCCUGUCCAUCAUAUGCAGUCCUACAAAGAAUAUAAAGAAGCAUUAAAACAGCAGCGUGCCAUGGAUGUGUACAAAUCAAAAACAGAGUCAAAGUCGAACGCGAGUCCAGCCUCACCAAAGAAACCAGGCGGGCUAACGCCAGUGUCAGUACCUGCUGUGCCAGUGGUGCCUGUCUCUCCUGUUCAACUAGGUGCAGACGUCGUUGCCAAGAAGCCGGUGCAAAAGGUCCAGCCUUCGAGAAUCACCAAAGCGGAGAGCCUGGAUUCGCCGGUCAUCGGGGACAAUGUGGCUUACGUGAAGCCAUCGCCGCCAAAAACUGGUGCAAAUUUAAGCUACCCAGCAAACGUUGGUGUAGAUGGACCACCACGACCAAUGUGGAAUCGAAGCAACAUAUCCCCAGAAAAGCUAAGCUUUACAAUGCGGCGAGAGUUGGACCGUGCCAAAGAAGAGGCUCAGAUUAUCAGUCAACUAAGAUCGAAUAUUGAAUCAAGAUUAAAAAUGGCUCUUCCAAGUGAUCUAGCCUCAGCUUUGAGUGAUGGUGUAGUCCUAUGCCAUUUGGCCAACCAUGUGCGACCACGUUCCGUAGCCAGCAUCCAUGUUCCAUCUCCCGCUGUUCCAAAACUAACGAUGGCGCGGUGCCGAAGGAAUGUUGACAAUUUUUUGGAUGCCUGCCGCAGAAUAGGUGUUGAAGAGGGUUCGCUGGCGGACCGUGACGCCGUGGUUGAAGCGAGCGAAUCAGGACUUGAGUCGCUGGCAGUCACCGUGGCGACCAUGUUGCAAGUUGCCGAAGCUCCCCCUCCCCCCUCAACCACCCUGUCCACCUGCCUGUGUCUCGCGACGUUUUUUCUCUCACUCAUCCUCCUCAUCUUUUACCCACUAGACUAACCUCAGGAAUUCAAUCAGAUUUUGAAGAAAAGAAGAUUUCAAUGGAAGUUUGAACAUUUUCAAAAUACUCAAACCUCUUUCAUGAUUCAGAAUCAAAAUUAACUACCGAAAGAUGGGUAAAAAAUUCCUUCAUUCUGUGAGAAAUUUAGUCUUGCAGAAAUCGAGUUGAGCAGAAAAUUGCCUGACAAAUUCUGCCCAAGUCUUUAAGUUUGACUUUUCAAUUAGGAAAAACUUAAUUUGUUAUUAUGCAAAUAAUACUAACAGCAUGAAAAUUAAAGCUACCACCCGUGUAGCCAAUAAUUUCCUGGUGCAAAUUCUAACAAGGGUAGCUGUGAAACCUCUUUCAUGAGGCCUUUAGAAUUAGUGGAUGCUUUGCUAAAACGAUCGGCAACGACCUCUAUUGUUUUAUGUUGAAACAAGUAUUAUUUUUGUAAGCGAAAUUUUUUUGUCUGAAUUUUCCUUUCAGUUAAGGAGCCAUUCAAGGGUGCAUUCUUUUUUACUUGUUUUUUCUUUCAUAAUAAUUUUUUUAUUCCUUUUUCGUCAGAGUGGACAGUACAUAAUACGUCUGUAAUUUAAGUUGUGUUUUAAUUCAGAUUGUGAUGAAGCUGAAGGUAAGGACUGAUAAAAGAAAACAUUUUUACCCUUUGUGGCUGCUUUGAAAUGUAUAGACUGGGUAUUCUAUGAAGUAUUUUUAAUUCUUUUUUAAGCAAUUGGAAAGUGUAUUCCUAAAUCCUGUAGUUUUCUAAAGGCUUUGAAUCAUCGGUGAUGAAUUGAAUAGAGUAAAAAAAAUGUUUUUAUGUAAGAUCUAGUUCUAAAUUCCAAUUAUCAAAAAUGAAGGGGUUUUUAAGGUGUUUUUCAUCUACAAAAUUAUGAUUUAAACUCCUGUUAAAUUUGGAGGAAUUUAAAAGUUCCUCUUAUAGUACAACUGCUUUACAUGUAUUCUAUCGUAGAACUUCCCCUCUGAGGAAAAAAAAUUUUGCAUGAAAGAAGUAAUACAUUGUCAGGGUGUCUACAGGUCUGGAAAACUAUGAAUUGUCAGAAACUUUCAUCAGGUCAGGGGAAUCAGGGAAAAGUCAGGGAAUUUUAUGGAAAAGACUGGAGAUAUGAAAUCUGGAAAAAUAUCAACACUGUUCACGCCAUGAUCUAAAGCCUCAGUCUGGUUUUAGGCUGAAUUGACCUGUUGCAAACUUUAGCCAGAGCGAAAAGGAGAUUUAUUUCUUUUAGAAAAGUGCUGAAAAAUCACAAUGAGUGCAACAGGAAAGUUUGAAAUACACUCCUAACUCCACAAUCUGCGCAAGAAAUAUGCGUUUUUGUAAGCUUCCUGCUUCAAUACCGAUACUAGGGCCCAGAUUAACAUUUCGUAAGAGAAGUUGUUCCAUUCAAUCCUUGCGCCCUAGGAUGCUAGUAUUCAGUAUAGCUGACGCUAACCUGCCAAAACAUAUGUGAGGAAACGAGAUUUUAUCCGCCAGCGUGUUUAUAUUUUCACUUUCCUUGCAUUAAUAAAGAAAGAUCAUGGUGCUUCCUCACAAUUUGCGCGCGGAAGCGUCAGCCGUGUCAAAUAUUGGGUAGCAUCCUAUUGCGUAAUUGUUUUUGAAGCAGGAAGCUCAAAAAGACGCAAAUUCCCUAUGAAAAUCAUAGGAGUGUAAUUCAGACUUUCCUGAUGUGCUCAUCAAGACUUUUGAGCCAUUUUCCGUAAGAAACAAUCCGUCUGUUUGCUCUAGCUGAAGUUUGCAACAGGCCCACACUCUGAGAUAUAUUGUGAACAGGAUACAGAAUAAUAAGCUUCAAUGAGGAAUUGAAAUUUUGGUCACUUGAAUGACUAGUACCUGAAGAAAAUAGGUUCACGUGUCUUAUCUCUGUCAUUCGCAAUGAACUUAAUAUCAAAAAUUUUGCAUUUUUUGUUUGCAUGUAAAUUCUUAAUGUGAACAGUCUGGGAAUUUGGUCAAUUUGGCUCUGGAGAAGCCUGGAAAAGUUGGGGUUUUUUUUUUUUCUCUCAGAGUCUGUAGACACCCUGACUGUGAGCUGACAUGAGCUAAAUCAAUUGCUUUUAAAAUUGUGACACCUAUUUGUACAGAGCAAUCCAUUAUCCACUACAUUUGAUGAUGCCUCCAAUCUCUUGAUAAUCCUAACAUCUUCUCCUAGGACUAAACAAGGAUAUUUUAUGCUUCCAGUCAUUUGCACGAUGCAAACAAAUAAUUUUUCUGCGACAUAAGUUUUUUACUUGUGUUUUUUUUUUUUUAUGUUUCAUGUCUUUUAUGUAUUUUGGUGUUCAUACCCUAGUGGUUAUCAUUUUUUUUUAAAAAAUUUCAUUUAACAUCUCGUGCCGAUCAUGGUAAAUUAAUGCAAUUUAACAACCGUGUUGAAUAUUUCAUGAAACAUAUUAUAAAAAACAUCAACUUAAAAUUUGCUUGGCAAUGAUUAGUUAUUUAAAUAGAAGUAAAAUUGUCCCACUAGUGCAUGCCUGUCAUAUCCGUUACAAUUUUUUUUUGUUUCAAGAAGACAAGUGCGUAACUGAUCUUAAUGGAAAAGAUGACCCCAUUUUUACUCCAACAUUUACUUAUUACCCAUUUGUUUCCAUUGACUAAAUACUCUGGUAUUUACUUUAUUUUAAUUAGUUCAUGUAAUAUUUUUUACUAUGUUUCUCCUUUCAACGGAUUUCUUAACUCAGUUUUCUUUCACCUUUUAUCUUUGCUAAUCCCUCUAGGUAAUAUUAAUGGUAACUAUACUAUUUUUACAUUGAUACCUAUGUUUUUUUGGCAUAGAGUAAAUAACUGUGCAGUUUCCUCUGCAUUUUUAACAAGUUGCAUUUAA